ACGUAAUAAAACAAAAACGUGAGGACGUUGAGCAACACCGCAGCCAAUGGCACAGAGUGAGUCAGACAACAGGAAAUCAGCUGAACAGUUUGUUUUCUCAGUCGCGCAUUUUCCACAUAGCGAACAGUCCACUUUCACAGGAAGAAAGGACUCCCAGCGAGGAGGGUUCAAGUCUCCGUCUGGACAUGUAAACGGGCGGCGGGACUCAAACGAGGACGACGAAGAAUGUGAAGAGAAAAAAAACGAUGUGCUCCACGGAAAACAACGCGGAGCUUCAGCGGACAUGUAAGUGACACAUUAGAGAUUAAUUAUGUGCGAGCUCAGUCAUGUUGUCAUCGCAACGCCCUGUCACUAGGCAGCGGUUUCUAAGGGGAGGUGAACGUCCGAACAAAACCCGAAAACGGAGCGGGUAUGUGGGGUUAGAUAAUGGAGGGAACAGCCCGCUGUCAGUGUCGGAGUGGGGGAUGAAUCUGUCAAACGUUAAGCCUCCUCUCCGCCCCCUGCCAGCUUCAGACCCGGCUCUCAUCCUGGAGCUGAAGACAAGGAGACCUCCGUCCUUGGAGGGCCGGGCGGGAUGUGAGACCUGGAGCGUGGACUUCUCUCCGGACGGAGCCUGGUUCGCCUGGUCGAUGGGACACGGGAUCGUGUGGGUGGUCGCCUGGCCUCUGGACUCUGAGUAGGUUUACCUGAAUACGAUUUAUCCCACACACAUGAUGCGUUCAGGUGAAACUCAGACUUUCGGCAGUCAGAGUAACAUGGAGACUUAGUAUUUAGAAAAAAAAGUAAUCUAUAAUAAGAUUACUAGAACGUAAGAACGAAAUUAUUCUAUGUUUAUGUAUAUCUUUUUUAUGAGGAGUCUCUAUAAUGUACAAAGCUAUCUCGGUAAUUAUUAAAUCCAUGUACUCCUGAAGGUGAAAUAUAAAAACCCUCUUGACACUUCGACUUUUCACCGAACACCAAAAACAUUUCACUAAAGGCACAAAAAUAUCACGAAAAAAAAAAAAUACAAAAACAAACAAACAAAAAACUGAAAUUGCAAAAACAUCCAAUAUGUCAUGUGAAAAUAAUUUUAUAAAACACAAUAAUAUUUGAUCAAUCACAAUAGUAUUUUACAAAAUGCAAAAAUAUUUUACAUUAAAUAUUGUGUUACACAUUUGAUGAAGCAAAAUGUUUUUCUCUUUUUUUGCAAAAUAUGAUAUCCCAUCUAAUUUUUUUUUCGCAUUUAGUGAAAUGUUUUUGGUAUUAUGUUAAAGCUCCGGUGAGGAACUUUAGUUUGGCGCCCCCUGUGGACAAAGCAGUAUUUGCAUACACUUGAAGCUUAAGUUGUCUCUUCCAUUUAAAAAAAAAAAAACACCUUACCCUGCUGACUUUUGGCAGCUUAAUUUAUUAUUCAGUGUGAACAUUUUAAUGACUAUUGUAAAAACAGUGAUCUUUAUCUGUUCGGCCAACACCUACCCCCUCACACCAUUUUUAGACACUAACAAUUACAAUACCUGAACAGUCAGUCAUGUCGCUGAUGAUCUUGUUUGCCUAACUAUAUCAUAAAUAGUCGUCAGUAUGAAGUUUAGUCUAUUUUAUAAACCCCCAAAACUCCUUGUGAGUGUUUUGUAUUUCUUUGCAUUUAAGUAAAUGUUUUUGGCAAUCACUGAAAUAGUAUUUUUGCACUGUGCAUAAAAAAAGAGUACAAAUAUUAGAAUAAAACCAUGAACACAAAUAUCUUGAAUCAAACAUUUAGUAAUAAUUUUGAGUAAUUUCAUAUCUGUGUCACAUAAUCUCUCUUCUUUAUACAUAAUUUAUUUCAGGGUGUCUUAAUUAUUAAAGAUCUCUUUGUGUCUCAAUACAAUAUUCUCUUUGGCCUACUUUCCCUUUUACAGCACUCAGAGCAGCUCUAACCCUGGACCAUCAUGUUAAUAGGGGUCAGCUGUCCAGACAAAUUUUACUUCUCCUUUCUGCAUCCUGCUUCUUCUAGGACAGUUUUCAUGCAGUAUAUGAGUUUUUGAAGUAAAAUAUUAGAACCUUUUUAGAAUAAAAUAAAGCAUGCACAAUCUACUCAUGCACCAGUGUUAUUUAAAUGAAUGGUAGACUUAGUUAAAGAGUUAAAGAGUUACUUAGUUAUUGAUGGCACCAAAUGCCUAUAUUUUAACACAAAAUAAAGACACAGUUAUGUAAUGGCUUCUUAGCUAUUUGAAAUCAUAAACAGAUUUUUCUGAUUUUCCCAACUGUUUUUGAAAGCAGCAUCUUUUAAUCUGCAGCUCCAGCUUCACACCACCUACAUGAGAGUUUUUCUCUGGUUUCUGCAUAUUUGAUUCACUUCUCGCCCACAGAGAUGCUCAGAAUGGAGACAUUGACCGGGAGGACAAGAGCUUCAGCUGUGGUCACCCGGUGUGGGGCCUUGCCUUUGGACCCAGACCUCCAAAAUCUGCUGCAGCAUCACACCCCACCAGAAAACCACCAAAAGGGAACCAUAGUCUGCUCCUGGCCACCGGGUUGGAGAACGGUGUGAUCAAAAUUUGGAAAGUUUUAACAGGUAAGGGUUGUUUCUUUUCUGUAUUUUUGAUAUGAUCGCAGCUGGUUUUAAAAAGAUGUCUGUGCAUUUUUUUUAGGUGAGGCUGUAUUUGAUCUCCACGGUCAUGAGGGUGUUGUCAGGGACCUGGUUUUUCCUCAGAACGGGACCCUCACACUCAUAUCAUCUUCUCGGGACAAGACUCUGAGAAUUUGGGACCUCGCUCACAAAGGUAUGACGAAACUCUGUUACUCAACAAGUAAAUCAAUUAAACCCUUCUGGAGGUUUCAAAAGACUCAGAUGUGUCCCUCCUCUUGUGAUAACCCAGUUUGAAGUGGCGUUCCCACUGAUAGGACUGUAACAAGUGUUUACUUUUCCAAAACGCAAUGUAAACUUACUGUUUCAAAGAUAAAUACCUGAAGCAAACAGCAGCUAUUUGCAUUCAGGGAGGACAUUACUUAAGAGCCAUUACAUUCAGAUAUAUUGCCUCUUAAAAUUUUUGUUUUCUUUGGGCUUAUUAUAUGUAGACCGCCAUUUUAAACAUCUUUCUAUGGCUGUAUUCAGUCUUUAAGUAGAAAAGGGUUUCAUUCAAUGCAACAAGGAACAAAAAUGAGCUGAAAUUGACUUUAAACUGAUUUUGCUGUCAUCAUAAAUGGGGUUUGAGAAGCUUUCCUUUAGACGUGUUCAAAACAUAUGAGGCAAUUUUAAUAUUAAAGCUCCUGUGAGGAACUUUCACUCAGGCGCCCCCUGUGGACAAAGUGAUAACCCUUGUAUUGUUGCUGAUAUAGUCUCAAUCUUAUGAAAGCUGUGUUAAUUGACAAAAAAAAUCAUUGUAUUGGGUUUUAAUAACAAAAUUUAUGACGUAUCAUGAAACUUUAUAUGGGCUAAAUACCCCCUCCACACACACACACACACACACAGUUUUGGGUGUAAAAAAUUGCAGCAUAGAAAUUGUCAAUCUUGCUUUUGCACAAACCCUUUAAGGACAAGAAGCUCGUGUGAUAUGUGUUUAAUGUGAUCUUUCAUUGGUCAAGCCUGUACUAUCAAAAUGUCUAUGAAUAAAAACAUUUUUAGACAGAACAACCACCCUCUUCUUCUUCCUCCUCUUCCUCCUCGAAACAGUUCAAAAAUGCAUAUGGCCCAUAAUCCACUGUAGAAACACAGCCGUCUCUGUGGAAGGGGAACCCACUCCUUAUGUAGAUAUGAAAGGCUCAUUCAAAGUCAACAAAAUCAGAAUUCAUGCUUAGAAGGUUAAAAUUACAUUCCAUGAAAUUAUAUUCAACUUUUACACACAGUCUAUUCUGCAAAAUGCUUCCUAAUAUUACUCACUGCACCUUUAAUUGUCUUCCCAAAGCUAUUUAAAAACAUAAGAACCACUCUAAUUUCUGCUGUUUUAUUUUAUAACUCUUGAUAGUAUAAUAAACCUCUGCUUUACUCACCUUUUUAAUUGUCUUGGCUUUCUGAUGGCCUGCCAGGACUAUUAGAUAAACAUGCACUCUUUGACAGUGUUUCUCAUGACCUUUGUCAAGAUGAUCUUGAUAUCUUGCUUUCUGAAUUUCCAUAUUGCUGACAUGUGCAGAACAAACCUGCCUUUCCUCGCCACAUAUCCACAAGCUUUGAGCUUGAAUUGAGUCCGUCUAACCUGUUACAGAGCUUUCAAAUGUGUCUCUAAGCUUUAAAAAUCUGCCUCACGCAAGAAGAGCUCAGAACAAACUCUAGUUAGUGGGCACGAAUCUGAGAGUAGUUUCCCAGAACAGGGAGGGAAUAAGGGCUUUUUUGCACUUUUAUUUUCACGUUUGUGUUUGAAGAGAGGCUGCGGAUCCUUCAUCAUGUGCUUCUUCAUGCUGUUGCUGUCCAUCUGACUGUGAAUUUGAAGGUCAAGGAACGGAAAACAUGAUUUUGGCCAAAGAACAUGAAUUGAAGUUGGAGAAAGAGCACAAAAACAGGGUGGUUUUGUUCAGGCAUAUCUCUUUGGCAGCGGACUGAAUGCCAUAUGUGGAAGCAUUCUUGAACGCACCUCUACAAGCUCUCCCUCUUCAAACAUUAACUCACUGAGAGGUUAUUACCAAACAAGUUUCAAGGCUCUGCAAACUCAAUUUCACACUACAUUGAUAUCGACUGAAACAAUGACUUCCUGGAAUGAUGGAAGUCAGGCCAAAGGCUCAGAGAGGGCAGUGAGCACUUAGAAUGCGUCCGUCUGCUUCUGAAAUAAGCAGUUUGGUGGUUUUCUACCCUCCCUCCUCUCUGUGUAUUUAUCACCUCGCCUCUGUGUUUUGUCACUCUGCUAAAACCUUCUGCUCCAAGCAAACAAAUGUUGGUGUUUGCACAGACAGGAGUCACACUCUCCUCCACUUCAGAUAUGUUUCUUUUGCAGCCUGUUCCAGCCACAGUAGUGAGAUUUUCUCUUUCUGUCUGUUACAGGUAAAAAGGUGCAUGUGCUCUCGGGCCAUAAAGACUGGAUCAGCUGCUGCAGCGUGUCAUCAGACUGCAGCAUGAUCGCUUCAGUCGGCAGGUUUGACAGAGUGAGUAAUACUGUAACUGACUUUCUGAGUGAGUGGGUGCAUGUAAGUUUUCAACUUUUACCCUCUGUGGAAAUAGUUUUAUGAUCAAGUUUGUAUCCAUUUGCACAAUCCACAAAAACCCUAAUAUGACUGUCAAUGAAUAGGUUAAAAGAAAAACACAACUUUAUUUUUCACCUCAACAAUAAAACAGUCCUGAUGAGUUUAUCUGAGUUACAGAUCGCUUUGAAGUGAUUUCCUUCCAAAGUUCACUUCUGCGUUUGCGCUGCAUUGAUCUGAUUAUCCUCAUCUGCUCCCGCGUUGAGCUGUCCUAAGACCCACGCGGUUCAUCAGUGUGAUUCUUUGUUUUUGUUUGGAUCACUGGGCGGCUCUUCCCACUCUCGUCAAACUGCUAAUUUGACACUUUCCCAUGUGAAAAAAAAUCAGGAGCUGAUAAUUGUGUAAGAGUAGAUUCACAGUCACACUUGAGGAGGGGUUUCUGCCUGUUUCAGCUUGUCCUGUUGACAUUCACUGAGUCGUGUGUUUCUGAGAAACAAGAACAGCAACGUCUGCUGUUAUCGCUGCAGGCCAAAUACUCAACCAGGACUUGGCCGACAUUCAACACCCUAAAUAGAAAAAACAUAAUUAGAGCAAAUAUACAGACUGAUUAAGCCUUAAUGGUUUUACUGUUGAUAGAUGGUGUGUCUGUGGAGUCUGCGUUCAUACACGUUCAUGAGGAACCUGACAGGAGGGACCAACAAGACCUUGUACCUGCUGUCGUCCUGCGAUUUCUCUCCUGACGGGGCGCUGCUCGCCACUGCAGCCUUCAGAGGGUCCAGCUGGUGGAUCGACCUGUGGGACCCAUACACUGCAGAGAAACUGGCCACUCUGGUGUGAGUAUAACACAUCAGGAGGACUUCAUAAUAAGCAGUGAAGGGAUCAAUCAGAUUGAUGGGAGGUUGAAUUUGGACAGUACUUUUAUGACCUUUUAUGAAGACAGAAAACAACAUCUCCUAUUCUGUCAGUGAACCUGUAAACUUUUUUAGGUCAGAUUUCAUGGUGAGAUUUCAUCCCACACAGCCGUUAUCAGUAGUUACAUCUCAUGUGCUGCCUGAAAGUGUGUCAAAGUGUCAUGUGUCGAGUAAAACCUGUUUUCUAUCUCACUUUCAUGUGAUGAACGUUCUCCCUGCAACUACUUAAGUCUUCUGUCUUCUCCACAGUGAUUACUUUGAGGAUUAUGGCCAAAACCAAAUCUCAGCUAUACAGUUCUCCCCGAACGGUCUGCAUUUGGCGAUCGUGACAGACGACAGGUGAGCAGAUCAUCAUUUUCAUUUCAUCUAUGCUUCAUAAUGAUAUAAAAGUAACAUUUUUAACCCUUUUUCAAGCGAGAGUGCCGUCCUCAAAUAGUGUAAAAUAUUCAUAAAACAAAUACAGGAAAGGCAAAGUCUAAGUAAAACCUAGAAAGAACAUAAAACAUUAAAAGAUGAGAAUCUAUGUUUAAAUAUACCCAGUGCUCUUGAAAAAAGAGCUGUCAAAGAGGCAGAGUUUGUAAAAAUGUUGUUUUAAAGAUAGAGUUUCCGAGCAGAAAUGGUGUCAGUAGACCAAACGCUUAUAAAUUUGUGUUUGCAGAGCCCUUCGGAUCUGGGAGCCUGGAAAAAGAGGGAUGGUGAUGCAGACGAAAGCUGACAGAGACUCAAAUGGACUGUGCUGCAAAUACCAUCCACAAGGGGGAGUAGUUGCCACAGGGUAAGACUCCUCCAUUCUUCAUCACAUUAAAGUAGAAGCGUUCAAACACGCUGAUUUAAAAAGCCUCACACUAUCAUAUCCUUCUCACUCCAGAACCAGAGACGGCCACGUGAGGUUCUGGAGCGCCCCGAGGACGGUGCCCAGCCUGUGCCACCUGUGCCGGUCCAUCCUUCGGGACUCCGUCUCCACGCACCAGAUGGAGCCCCUCCCCCUCCCCAAGAGGAUCCUCGAGUACCUCACUUAUAGGAACAUCCCAGACCGCCUCAAAACCUGCUACUCCUCAGACGAAGAGGAGUGGGAGGGUUAAAUAAAAACACUAACGCAAUAUAACCACUGACAUUCACAGCUAAUGAUUGUUCUGCAUUGGGUCUCAUUAUUACUGAGAAUGCCUUUAUUGUUUGCUAAGAGAUGCUUGCACAGGAAGCAUUAUGUAAUUCCUACUCUGAGAAUAUCAUUUUUUUUGCACUAUUACUACAAGACGAUGCAUAAACUCAACAUUCACGUGCUUGACUUGAAUGUCACUGUUUUAUACUCUUAAUUUAUUAUGUAAAUAUAUAGAAGUAUGUAUUUCUAAUUCCUCUGUUUAUCAUGAAGAAGCACAUUCAUUAUACUACUGAUCCUGCACAUGCUAAUUGUUAAUAUAUGACAACAAAAACUGGACUUUUAGGAAAUAGUUUUAUUAAACAGAUUCAAAAGACACA